AUGCCCUCGGUCACUACGACGCGGAUAUCGCAGAACGAGAAGCCUGACGAGGAACUGAACGAGCACCACAACGGACACGCCUCCGAAGAUCCAUCAGACUACUUUGACGCAGCAGCGGACGCCUUCCUCCAACAACACCUGGUAUCCGCAACAAAGCUCCUCUUCCGCAUAGCCUACCACACGGCGACAACAACCCUGGGCCUCCGCAUUGCGAAAUGGUACUUUGACCAUACGCGUUCACUCGCAGACCAACGCUUCUCCUAUCUCCUCCUCUCGGCGGUCGGGGCUAUCCCUUUCGUCCUGGCAGUCCCGCUAUACGGCCUACUGGCAUCCUACCUCGUCCGGCGAGGGAUCAACUUUGUCUCCCGCUCCCUGCCGUCACAGCAGAGAGAUAUCACAGUCCCUCUUCUAGCAGCAAUCGCUGUUCUGACCUUCGCCCUCCUCUGGCAGUCGGCCACACCACCACCCCAAAACACAUCACCCAACCCAUUCGUCUCACCCUUUCCCCCAGUCCGCCAGUUCGACCCUACCGUCCUCCGAUACGAGUUGCACGCCGACGUACAGGCUACGGUGCAGAUGCACCUCGCCGAUCUGAGGCGCGAACUCGUUGCUCAGAGUCAGAGUCAUGCCAAGGCAAUGAGCGAGGUCCAUGCUCAGGUACGGCAGUUGCGGGGCGACCUCGAGACGCUGCAGAAUCGCUCGGUUGCGACGUCCUUGCAGAAUGCUGUGGACGCGUGCUCGGUCGCCAAGGUCGCAGAGCUGGCCGCGGCUGCGGUAAAGUGGGCCAACCUGUUCUCAUGA